AUGACCGCAAUAACCACCCCCCUCUCCCCCGGCAUCCAACCCGCCACCCCCCUCCACUCGCACCCUCCCCCUCCUCCUCACCCCCCUUCCGACCCCCGCGUCUCCGCCAUCGACAACUUCACCCACACCACGCACUCCACCCCCAACAGCACCCUCCGCGCCUCGCUCUCCUUCCCUAGGACAUCCUUCACCGUCGCCAUCCUCGGCGCCUCCCGCGGCAUCGGCGCCGGCAUCGCCCUCUCCUACGCCCGCGCCGGCGCGACGACCCUCAUCCUCGCCGCGCGCAACACGACGCAACUGGGCACCGUCGCCGCGCGCGUGCGCGAGGUCAAUCCGCACUGCGCGGUGUGCGUGCGGGCGUGCGAUGUGGCGAGUCCGACGAGCGUGCGGGCGUUGGCGCGGUUUGUUGGGGAUGAAGCACUGGGCGGCGACGACAGCACGGAAGGAGAAGGGGGAACAAAAGCAGGAGGGGGAACAACAGGAGAAGGGAAGAAGAAAAAAGCGCUGGACGUGCUGGUGCUGAACGCGGGGUACUCGGGGCACGUGGAGCUGGAGGUGACGGACGGGGACGCCGCUGCUGAAGACGGGGGCGAGUGGGCGCAGGCGUUUGCGGUGAAUGCGCUGGGGACGUAUCACGCGGCGCAUUACUUCGUGCCGCUGCUGUUGCGCGGCGGGGGCGGCGCGCAGGGCGGCGGCGCGUUCUGCGUGGUGGGCAGUAUCGCGGGGUGUAUUCGGCGGGGCAUCAUUGCGAAUAGCAAGUACUGCAUCAGCAAGAUGGCGCAGGUGCGGAUCGUGGAGCACGUGGCGGAGCAGUUUGGUGGGAAGGGGUUGCUGGCGGUUGCGGUGCAUCCGGGGGCGGUGGAGACGACGAUGGCCAUGGAGACGGCGCCCGAGGAGUUCAAGAAGUAUCUCGUGGACGAUCCGGAGUUGUGUGGUCACUUUCUCGUCUGGUUGACGAGGGAGCCUGGGAGGUUUCAGUGGUUGAAUGGCAGGCUGGUCAGCGCGAAUUGGGAUCCGGAUGAGCUGCUUGCGAAGAAGGACGAGAUUAUCGCGGGGGAUUUGCUGAAGUUUGAGGCGAAGACCGCGUGA